UUUUAUUUGUAUUAUUUGACAUUGUUACUGAAAUUAAAGUGCAUGGAUACGCCUUAUCUGACAUAUUUACUAAAGCAUAAUAAUGAAAUAGUUAGGCCACGUACAGUUACACCUUAAAUUCUUUUAAGCAUUGCGGUUUAUAUUGGAUGUAAGCUUUCCUUCUCGCGAAAUGGUUUUUCCCGUUGCAGUUAGUGUGAGGUUUCCACCCUUCGAUCUUCAGUCGACUACUUGUGGCUGCGGGCCUGGUGCGUGCGUUUCCAAUAACAAAAACUGAUGCAUGCGCGUUGUUGAGAACAGGGAAGGAAAAGAUCCAGAGGUGUUUUCAGGCCAACAGUUGGAGUCGUGUAAGGAACACCAUGGAUGAGGAGGAACAGUUUGUGAACAUAGACCUGAAUGAUGACAACAUCUGCAGUGUUUGUAAGCUGGAGACAGACACGGGGACUAUGUCCUUCUGCCACAUCUGUUUCGAGCUCAGCAUUGAAGGUGUUUGUAGUUCCACACUUCUCCACUCCAAGUCGCUUCGUGGUCAUCGGGACUGCUUCGAGAAGUAUCACCUGAUCGCCAACCAGAAGCUCUCCCGGGCCAAGGUCUCGCGCAGCACCUACGAGGGCGUCAAGCGGGCCCUGAGCCAGCGCCUCAGUCGGAUCGUGCAGCUCACCCAGCACCGUGACGGCGACUCGGACUCGCCGGGCCGCAUCGGCUCUCGGCACCAACUGCUCUGCUACAACCAGCCGGGCGACCGCAAGCUGCUGCCCCAGUCCGACACCCAGGUGCCCCGCUACGCCCCCCACUGGGCCGAGGGCCCCGCCUCCCGGGACAACGACUUCGCCAAAGUCAUGCUGGGUUGCCACGCCAACGGGAACCUGGGCCUGGAGCUGCUGCCGGGGGUGUGGGAGGGGGCGGUGGGGACGAUGGACGUCAUAGCACAUCGUAACUCCCAGCCGCCGCAAGGGGACGCCUCGGCCACUCAGCCAGGAAGACACGCAGCACACAGCCAGGAGGAGUUGGUGAAAAUGAGCCUUGAAGAUCUGCAUCACCUGAAUGGGCAGAUGCUGCUUCAGAUCCAAAAAGUGUUUGAGGAGCUGACCACCGCCGUGCAGGAAAAGGACUCCUUGGCGUCCCAGCUGCACGUGAGGCACAUCGCCAUCGAGCAGCUCUUCAAGAACUGUGCUAAACUGCCCUGGCUGCAGAUAGGCAGGGCCGGGGUGAAGGCCAGCAACACGCCAGUGGAGUGAAGAGGCACGCCGAGUCGCCCUUGAGACUUUGUUAAAGGCCUUUACGCUGCCCUGCCCUGCCCUGCCCUCACCUCACCUCUCAGUCCCCGGGGACGCACCUUUUACUGGGGAUGCCCUGAGGACCCACCAGUCCACAUGAGUGUGUGUGUGCUUUCUGGCUGAGGACACGGCCUGAGGUGGUUAUAUGCUGUAUUUAAAGACUUUUUGUUAAAGAAAAGGUUAAAAAAAAGAGCAGAUUCCACGGGUGAUGAGACUUUGAUCGUGUUUUCCAAAGCAAGUUCUUGAGACGUGGAACCAGAGGAGGGACUACCGUUGUACUACCACUAUGCAGAAUUCAGAGUUUUAUCAGAUGAGUUUUCCAUUCGCUAAUGCAGUUGAUAAUGAUUCAUCAUCAUCAUCAUCAUCAUCAUCAUUAUUAUCAUGAGCUAUGAUUUUUAUCAGGGUUCGUUGUUGCAAUAAGGUGUGUUUCUUUUUUUUUUUUUACUAUUUAUUGGCUUUGUGCUCACAUUUGUAGUAUUUUCCUUGGUUACGAGUGCAGAGAAGGGUUCAGCAUCACAAGGUGUGCUGGACCCGAGCCAGGGUUUGCCGUGACUCUCGGACACGAGGAAUUUGCACUUGACUCUGUGUGAUGUGAUCUGCAGAGGGAAAGCUCCAAGUAAACGUCAGAAGUGGUACUGUGGCCAAGCCACCUCUUCGGAAGAGUAAAACCAAAGUGUGGGACUUUCCUAGAGACUCUGGUCAUUUCAGCUUUUUAAGAGUGGUCCCUUAAUGUAUGUUUUCUCAUUUUUCUACACGUGCCGAAGCUUUGUUCAGGGUGGAUGGGUGUAGAAAUCUGCUGGUGCUUAUGUUCGUGGUUUGUUUGUCACCAUGUUUCUGUGUGUUCGCUUUGUAUUGGAGUUGUCACAUGUCAUAUAUUCACUGCUGUGAAAAGCUAAUAGGGAAAAAAAGCACAUUCUGGGCCUUAAUAUUAUAAAGGGACAUGGCAAUAUUAAAUAUGAAAGCUUAUUUGAAUUGGCACCUCUUCCAACCAAAGUCUUCUUGGCAGACUGUUGUCUGUUUUUUUUUCUUUUUCUUUUAAAUGACAUCUAUAAGGCACAAUACCUUUUAGUAGACUAUUUUUUAAAAGCUAGACGGCUCACUGUAUCAUGCUUUCUGGGAGCAUUGUCUGUAUUUUUCGAUACUGUGGAGUGUUUGUUUCCUGUGUGUGUUUUUAAUUUCAGGUUUGCGUUGAACACUGCUAAAGUACUGGUGAACAGUUUUAUUUGCUUUUAGAGUGAGUGUUACUUUUUAAUUUCAGUGUUUUUCAUCAGUUUUCUACUUUAACUUUGACAAUGAAAUUCAUUAUUGAAGACUUUUGUUGCGGCUAUGCAGUCUCCCUUAAGCAAUCUGACUGAACUUAGAAAAUAAACCGUGAGACCCCCCCCCCUCAUGGACGAUAAGCGAAUUACAACUAUUUCAACAUGUAGUUGAGGGGUCCCAUCUCUUGCAUUUAUGCAGUUUUAUUCAAAUCACUGUCAUCUAAAGAGAUAUUUUUAAUCCUUGGAUUUCCGAAUACCAAUGUACCAUCCUCUCUUCAUAAGAGACAAAUUUUACCCCACUAGGGGUUUGUCAUGAACUAUCGUGCUUUGUUUUCUUGUGUGCGUUGUUUUUUUUUUGUUUGUUUGUUUUUUGUGCUUUUAUUUGACUGAAAAUGCAUUUCACUGCAUUUGGUCAGUCUCCUUUAGAGCUGGCAACAUUUAAAACCACAGAGAAAAGGAAAUCUACCAGGCCAUGGAGGGAGGCCAUGUUGUCUGUGAACUAUUCUCCAUCGCACUCCAUUCCUCCUACACUGCUGGUCAACUGUGCAGUACAGUUAACUGCAGUUUAUUUGCUGCAAGAUGAUUCGCCCAGUACUGUUUGUGUCUGGUCUGAUAUUUUGCUAUUUCUGACAGAUACCUGAUUGUGUUGCAGAAGUCUGUGAAACGUCUGUGUGUGUAUCACGGGUUUCUGUUCUGUUUUUGUUUCCUUCAUUUACUCUCGUGUGGAUGCGUGAAUCUCAGUGUGUGUCAUGUUACAUCACGUGUUCCAUUUGAAAGUGUUUCAAGUGUUUCCAGUGUAUCUCCUUGGUUUGUGUGUUGGUCUUUGCUUACAACUGUUUUAUGUUGAACAUGCAAUAAUGUCUUUGUUUAAAGCUCUGUAGGGAAUGACCUGAGUGAUGGUUUGUAUUGGUUUCUUUUAAAUAAAGUUAUUUUCUUAAAAGAUA